GUCGUAAAUUUCACGAAAACUUCGUCCCGAACCUUUCGAGCGUGUACACGUCGCGUUUUAUUCACACCGCCGCCAUGUUUUCAUUAUCUCCUACCAAUAAGAAGUACACAACUCGUUCGCCAGAGCGCUUCGAGGACUCAAAAAGAUUCAUCGAGCAGACGGAUGUCGUACUUUCGGCUGUUGAUCAUUGUCGCGCCUCGAUCCCCGCUGGUUUUUCCACCGCGAGCCACUGUAAAAUUGUCCAUCGUCCGCGUGUUUCGAGGGGCAAAGCGAAGCAAUUACACGUGGUGCAGAACCAUCUAAAACCUUUCGCAACGGUUUGCUCCAGUUUAUCUCCGGUGUAUCCCACGCGUCAGUCAUAAGACACGUCUCGAUCCAACAACUAUCUAUGCGCGGCUCGUGCGGCACCAAACACAAAGCACCUUCGUCUUCCCAUCAAUUAAUCCGAAGGUUGGAAUUGAAAGACGUUUCAUAAUUGGAGAAGGGGUCGGCUAGCUUGAAAAAUUGGCGGCGCUGCGCAUCGUUCAAUUGGCCAUUGUUCGAGUUUAUUCCCGUCAGUAAACGACCAGAGCAAACAACCAGCCCCGCCUGUUCCAAAUUCGGUUACCACGUAAAGCACGCAGAAUCAGCAUCAGGUGGAGCGUAACGUCCAAGGAGGAAAAUAGACGGCUAAACCAGGCUUCGGGAAUAGCCGUGAAUUUUGUAAAAAAAAAAAAAAAAAGAGAGAGAACAAACAGAAGAAGUCCAACGCAUUCUCCGCACACGACAAAUCCGUUCGAUCCGUUGUUCACGUUGGCAGUUCUAGUCAGUCUUAUCCAGUUGUCCGUGGGCAUUAGAACAGCGCGGUUCUAACAUCCACGCAAUGUUGCGUUACUUUUAACCUUCGUCGCGAAUUCGUCUCAUCUCUCGAGAGACCGAUCCAACGCGAGAUCCAAAAACGAGUUCGAUCGAGUUUCGUCGAAUGGUCCCGGGUAAUGAAGGUCACGAAGGAACUCGUCUGAAACUGAGUGUGACACUGGCGGUGAAGAAGCGGUGAACAAGAUCAAUCUGCGAUCGCGAGCUAAAUUAAUCAAGAAACCACUUAACUAUCAAGAGGAUAGACACCGAUCACAACGAGGAAACGACCACGACAAGCAGGAGGAAGAAAUUGGCGUGAAAAUGGCGAGCGUCGACAGGAAUCUCGAGGAGCUGAUGGCUCACCUCGGUGAGUUUGGUAAAUAUCAACGCUGGCAAUUCUCGUUGCACAUUCUCGGCGGGCUGACAGCCGGCCUGCACAUGAUGACGCUGCUGACAGUGGCAGCGGUUCCACCGCACACUUGCAACGUCCCUCGAUCGCCGUUCAACGCGAUCAACUCGACCAAAUGGAACAUCUCGGACGCGACGGAGGACCUUGUUCCACGAGCGAUCGACGCGUGCUACUACUCGGACGCGGAGAACGUGGUCAGGCAAUGCGAGUCGUGGACCUACGACACGCGGUAUUUUCAAACGUCGCGCGCGAUGGAAUGGAACUCGGUUUGCUCGCGGCGAUGGAUGGGCGCGGCGGCCCAAUCCUCUUACAUGUUCGGCGUGUUCAUCGGGGCGGUGACGUUGGGCACGUUGGCGGACAAGUACGGCAGGAAGAUAAUAUUCUGCGUGUCGGCGGUUGCCCAAUUGAUAUUCGGCGUGACGGUCGCGUUGAUCAACGACUUCUACGUAUUCCUCGUGUGGAGGUUCAUGUACGGUAUCUUCGGCUCGGCCGGUGCCUACAUAACUGGAUUCGUGCUGACGAUGGAGCUGGUCGGCGCGACGAAGAGGACCGUCUGCGGGAUGAUGUUCCACCUGGCGUUCGCCGUUGGUUUCAUGCUGGUGGCCGUUUGGGGCGCGGUGAUCAAGGACAGAAUGUGGCUGCAGAUCGCGUACGGCCUUCACAGCGCGCUACUUGUUGGCCACUGGUGGCUCAUGGACGAGUCGCCGCGGUGGCUCUGGGCCCAAGGUCGCGUCAACGAGGCGGUGGCCAUCGUACGGAAAGGCUUGAAGAUGAACGGCAACGACACCGUCGACAUCGACGCGGAGAAGCUGCUCGGCGAGAGGAAGGUCAGCCACGUCGUGGAGAAGAGGCGCUCGCACGGUGCCCUCGAUCUGUUCAAGACGCCGAACCUACGGAGGAAAACGUUGAACGUCUGCUUCGGAUGGUUCGCCAAUUCCAUCGUUUACUACGGCCUGUCGUUGAACACGGGCAACCUCGUCGGCAAUCCGUUUCUCAUGCUGUUCCUCAGCGGUUUGGUCGAGCUGCCCUCGUACCUGCUCAUGUGCUUCCUGAUGGACCGCAGCGGGCGAAGGUGCGUGGUCAGCACGUUCAUGCUGAUCGGCGGCGUCUGCUGCAUCGUCGCAUCGAGCAUACCGACCGACAUCGAUCUGGCCGCCGCGAUCAUCGUCACGAUCGUCCUCUUCGGCAAGGCCUGCAUCGCUGGCUCGUUCGCGGUCAUUUACAACUACACCGCCGAACUGUUCCCGACGGUGGUGAGGAACACCGCGUUGGGCAUUGGGUCCAUGUGCGCCCGUUUCAGCGGCGCUCUCACGCCGAUGAUCAUGCUGCUCAACUCGCUGAACCCGAAAGUGCCCGCGGCGCUGUUCGGCUUCGUCGCGUUGGUCGCCGGUUUCUUGUCGUUGUACCUGCCGGAGACGGUGAACCAACCGAUGCCCGAGACCAUCGAGGACGGCGAGAACUUUGGCAAACACGACACGUGCUUCGCCGCGUGUCUACGCUCGAGGAGGAAGAGCGACGUCAGUUGCGAGGUAACCUUGAAUCAACUAGCCGACAGAGAGGAGAAGGAGAAGCUGAAUCAAGGGGAAAACGGCAAGGAAAAUUCUCAUUGAAUCGCGGAUUGCAAAUUGCUUGCGUCGCGAUUAAACGCGCGUACACGCCCGUGUACUUUGAUUUCUCGUCGUUCUCUGCGGAUAAUCGUCCAACUGCGGAUUUUUGUGUAAAGAAAUGGAUUGUUUCGCUGUAAUUACCAUUCUUUGGACGGUUUGUAUUAUUUUUGUAUGCUAUGUAUUUUUGUCUUUACCCUCGAAAGUUUCCUAAAUUGUAAUAUAGAAAUGUAUAAAAAUCCGCAGUCUACCACUUUCGUCUUUGGCGAUUUAAUUUUGUCGAUAGACGAACUUUUAUCGAUAGAUUGCCAAGUUCUUACCAAAGACCAAGAGUAAGACAAUUUUCAAUGAUUAGACAUAUGAAUAUUUAUAUUUUUGAAACGACGUGGAGACUAAACGUUUCAAUGAAUAUUCUAUGCCGCGUGUAUUAUUACAUUUUUACAUGUUACAUACGUAGAAAAUUUUAAGGGAAUUUCAAAGAAAAAAAGAAAAUUUAAAUUUUCGAUAAAUACACGUCACGAAAUAAUUAUUUAUUGUAAUUGACCAAUUUAUGUGUUUGUCGACGAUAAUGUCAAUCAUUGAAGAAGCCUUGGCUCUUUUUUUCUUUUUUUAUUUGAUUCUUUAAUGCUGCAUCAACCAUCACAAUAAUCAACGCGAUUCAAUUAGAAUUGUAGGUUACAUCGAAAUUUAAGUGAGAAAUUUAAUUAGUGUACACAGCACCUUAUUGUUAGCUUAUUGUGCAUCGAAUCUUCAUUAUUAGCUACGUGCUAUAUAACAAAUAAUUUUUACAUAAAAUCCAUAUUUUAUGAAUCUUCAAUUUCCAACGCUUUAUAUUUAAAGUAAUUGUUUACGAUAUUUUUAUAAAAAUAUACCAUUCAAAUAUACUUUUUAUAAAAUUUAUAAUUUACAUAAAUUAUAAAAAAUAUAUUUGUAUUAUACAAAUAUCGUAAAUCGUAUCGGUUUGAAUUUAAAGCGGUAUGCGGUACGUAUGUUAAAGAAAGACAUGGAAAUAAGACCAAAAUUUGGAAGACUGAACGUCUCAAACCAGUGCCUUCUUUUCCAACGAAUCUCUAACCGUCUGUCAAACAAAUAUUAGUGGAAAUAAAUUGUUACUCGAA